AUGCAGUGCUAUACGAUCACCCGCACAUGUGUGCUGCUAUGCGCGACUAUCGCGCUGGCGCUCGCUGUGCUCGGCGUCUUUACCCCCUUCUUUGAGAUGCCGGCCAGCAUCGGGAGGGCUGUCAAGCUCUUGAAUGCCAGUGUCCAAAGCCCCACCUUCAACAUCGAAACGGAUAAAGCAAUGCUGGAGCGUUUUGGCGUGCUGGUUAGUGGGCCACCCGCCAACAGCAAAAUGACGCUGUGGAAGCUCACGUAUGGCUCAUCGGGGGCCAACGCCUCCAUCGACUUGCGUGACGACUACUUCACCUGCUUCCAGGGCAACAUGCUCAUUCAGGCUGCGGAGGGGAUCGCUGUUGUUACGUGUGUCCUAGGUGCGGCGAACUUCGUCAUGUCGAUGUUUCUGUUCUUGUUUUCUGCCGUCGUCAAGUUCCCGCUAGUUGUAUACUUUUUCUUAGCGGCGGCCGCCGCGGCCGUCACGUUUGGCCUCACCCUCAACCUCUAUCUCCACGGUUGGUGCUCAACCCCGGCUCUCAAGACGCAGGAGUGGAACUUGUGGUAUGGCUUUACCUUCUUCGUCAUCUCGUGCGGUGUCUCCCUCAUUGCUAGCGUUUUGACGGUCUUCUCUGAUUGA